CAGGAUGACACAAAAUCAGCUCUUAGUUACGGCGAUAGUGAUAAUUUCGAUAAUACAAAUUACUGGAAUCCAAUGUGCUCCACUGGGAAAGAGUGGGGGGAAGACAGAAUUUCGGGACAAGGCCUUCGACAAGGAGUUUAAAAAAGUGACCUGGAUUGGAAACGAACCAGUUCGCGCCCUGGAAUCGUUUGAUAACCCACCCGAUAGGGAUAACGCCCGCAGAGAGGUGGAUAAUUUUCCCUCCAACAUCUACAGCAAGUACGAUAAUGUGCAGAAAAAGGUUAAGGAUUGGUUUGAUACUGAACCACUAAUUGACCAUAUCCAUGAGUCGGAAAAAUAUGGAAACGAGGGCGAUCAGUUUUAUUUUAUCACAAAACCGCUGGUGCAGCUGACGGAGAAGAUGUCUAAUUUGACCAACAAAAUUCUUGCGGCUCCAAGGAAUCUUUUCCGCAGUGCCAACAAAAGCGUUUCCGAAAAACUGAAUGACUUUGGAGGAAGUUUAGUUGGAUUAAGGAGAUAAUUGAGUG